ACAAAAAUUACUCGGGAGAAGGAAAAUGGUGAGGCCGAUAGGAGAGAGGGAUGAUGACGGAGGCCGUUACAAGGGUGUACGGAUGAGGAAGUGGGGGAAAUGGGUGGCGGAAGUACGGCAACCCAACAGCCGAGGAAGAAUAUGGUUGGGUUCUUACAAGACAUCGAAAGAAGCGGCGAGAGCUUACGACGCCGCUGUUUUCUGCCUGCGGGGGAAUUCAGCAAAGCUCAACUUUCUCGACAAUCCUCCGGAUAUAGCGGACGCUGUUGAUUCGAGUAAGGCUCAAAUCAAGGAAGUGGCUUUGAGGCAGGCGGGUCGGGGUGCUGAAAAAGAAGGGCGGUAAUUCACGCGCGGAGUG